CCAUGGCGCUGCGGCGGGCGUUCGGGCUCGGGGCGCGGCUGGGCCGGGGGCUGCUGCGGGGCUGGCUCGGGGGGCCGGCCCUCCCCGCCGCCCGCCCCCGCGGCGGCUUCUCGGCCGGCCCUCCCGCGCGGCCCCCGGGGCUCCUGCUGCUGCGCCUGGCCGCGGCCCGGCUGGGCCUGCGCGGCGCCCCUCCGCGGCGCGCCCUGCCGACCCCGCGGCGCCUGGGGCUGGCGCUGGGGCUGGGGCUGGCGCUGCUGGAGCCGGCGGCGGCCGAGGAGAGGCGCGCGGCCGCGGCCUGCCGGGACAUCCAGACCAUUUUCAUCCAGAGGAACAAGCCUCGGAAAGACACCCUGGGGCUGUUAGCCCAGCGGGGCUUCAAACUGGAGGAGUAUUUCAUCGGCCAGUCGAUCGGCCAAGGCUGCAGCGGUGCUGUGUAUGAGGCUGCUGCUCCCGCCGCCCCCGCGGGUGACAGAGAUAUGGCGCCCAAGCAGGGGGACCCUGAGCACUCGGACGUCCAGGGUGCUGCCGAGGGCUGGAAGGAAGGAUUUCCGUUGGCUAUCAAAAUGAUGUGGAAUAUUUCAGCUGGGUCUUCCAGCGAAGGAAUCCUCGCCACCAUGUCUCGGGAGCUUGUUCCAGCCAGCAGCCGUGCCCUUUCCGGAGAAUUUGGAGCAGUUGCUAGGCCCAGGAAAUGCUUCUUUGGGAAGAAGUGGCUGAAACCUCACCCCAACAUCAUCCAGGUGAUUCGAGCUUUCACAUCUCACGUCCCGCUGCUUCCAGGCGCCACGGUGGACUAUCCAGAUGUUCUGCCUUCCACCUUGAAUCCCUCUGGAAUUGGGCACAGCCGCACCCUCUUCCUGGUGAUGAAGAAUUACCCGGGCACUCUGCGUCAGUACCUUUCCGAGGGGCGCCCGGACCCCUGGCUGGGGACCCUGAUGAUCCUGCAGUUGCUGGAAGGGGUGGACCACCUCGUCCGCCAAGGAGUGGCUCACAGAGACCUGAAGUCAGACAAUGUUCUGGUGGAAUUUGACUCUGCAGGGUGCCCAGGGCUGGUCAUCACCGAUUUUGGGUGCUGUUUGGCUGACGAAAAGCUGGGCUUGAGGCUGCCAUUUCCCAGCUGGUACGUGGAUCGCGGGGGCAAUACCUGCCUGAUGGCGCCUGAGGUGGCCACUGCCGUCCCAGGCCCAGGCGUGGUGAUCGACUACAGCAAGGCAGACGUGUGGGCCGUGGGGGCCCUGGCAUACGAGAUCCUCGGGCCCGGGAACCCCUUCUACGGCCAGGGGGGAGCCGUCCUGGACAGCCGGAGCUACUGCGAGGCGGAGCUGCCUCCCGUGCCCUCCACAGCAGCCCCAGAAGUGACGAAGCUGGUCACAAUGCUCCUGAAGCGGAGCCCAGCCAAGAGGCCCUCUGCCCGAACGGCGGCCAACAUCCUCCACCUGAGCCUCUGGGGUGAACCAGGUCUCAGCCGGACAGACCUCUGUCUCCGCGAGCUGGUGGCCUGGCUGCUUCAACAAUCGGCUGCGGCUUUGCUGACCAGCCGCCUCGGAGGUGGCCGUGGGGUUGAGUCUCGCCUGAAGAGGGGCUUCUUCACCAACUUGGAGUACGACGACCUCUGCCAGGCCGCGGCCCUGCUCUGCUGCUGGAGGAGGGUGGCUCAGCCCCCGCUUCACUGAAAGCUCUCAGCUGAUUACGGCCUCCUGUUGUUUUGGGGCCCGUGGGGGAGGGCGGCUUCCGUGUUGGGGUGCUGUAGUGCAAGGGGCGUUCAGCCGUGGAAGCCAGCGUUUUCUCCCCAAGUCUGAGAUUCAUUGAGCUGGGAGGGAGGCGGCAGCACAAUGGGGCUUUUCUGCUGGAGAGCGGCCUCUUUUUCGAAAAGAGCGGUGAGGGCGAGGUUUUCCAGACUGGUGGGAGCCGGGCUCUAGUCCAGGCCCGAAUCUGAGUUACUUGUUUCGUGCUUGGCUUGGGGUGCACAACCAGAAAUGGGUAGAAUUCACAACUAGGGUUUUGAGCUGCAUAUUACUUAAAAUUUAAAAUUCCUUUAUUUAAGGUUGACGAUAUAGGGAAGCAAGUAUCAGAGCAAAAUGCCUGUAACCUCCUUUCGUUCAGUGAUCUAGAACCCAGACCUGGGUGGUAAACAAUCAUUUGCCUUUGUUGCGUGUAAUUCCUAAGUUUAAACCGAGUGGGAUAAAUAUAAUCGUCUGCUUUAUCGCGA